CAAUAUAUUCUUCACAGUCUCGUCUCCUUCCACCUUUUCCGAUCUCUACGCUUGGAUCGCCCACUGCUCGCCAUGUGUACGGGAAAAUGCUCCAAGUUUAUUGGGAUCUCCCUCUACCCUAUGGCUGCCAUUGCCGUAGUCUGCAACAUAAUCCUGUUUUUCCCGGGAUGGAAGACUGAACCCAUACAAAACCCAGGCGAUCAGAUGACUCCGGAAGUUCUGUACCUGGGGGGAGUCAUCGGAGGCGGAUUACUGGUCCUGAUUCCAGCCAUUCACAUCCAAGCGACAGGACGGCAGGGAUGCUGCAACAACCGCUGUGGGAUGUUCCUGUCAAUCAUCUUUGCAGCUAUUGGCGUGGCUGGAUCGCUGUACGGUUUUGUCGUAUCCAUUGUGGGCAUGGUGAAAGGACCAGUAUGUCAGUACAAGCCUUUACUAAACCUUACGCAGCUCAAAUGGGGCCGACCCUUUGACUCUGAGCUAGAAGAUUUCAGCAAUGACAAUUACCUGUUCAACACAAACCUCUGGAGCAUCUGCGUCUACCCUGAAGGAGUGGUGUCUUUCAAUGUCGCCCUGUUCUCCCUGGUGCUGUUUGCCUCUGGCAUCUCCCUCAUCCUCUGUACCAUCCAGGUGUUGAAUGGGCUCUUUGGCUGCCUCUGCGGUACCUGCCGGGAUAAAAAUGACUUGGUCUAACUGCUAGCACAGAAGCUCCUCCUUCCAUCUUUCAACACUCCGCCCCCAACACAAAGGCUGGCUUCUUUGGACCUGGUCACCUGAUGUCAUUCUUACGGAGCACCUGUUAAUCUUUUGUGUGCGAUGAUGAGGGAAUGAGAAGGUGAUCUAUACACCAUGAGACACAAUGAAGGGACACUGUCCACUGGACCGGCUUCUCUCGCACAGAGGAUUCUGGGAAAUUUUCCAGAUGUGUAUAUAGAUUUUCUAUUCCUGUUUUUUAUAAUUUAUAUUGAUGUUAUGUUGUGAAUAAACUGAGAUGUAGAAAUGUAUGAAAA